CGCCAACGCGGUCACGCUGGGGGAACGCCUCCUUCGCCUCCCCACCCUGGCACCCCCCCUCGACCUGCCCCGAGUGCGAGCCGCCAACGCGGUCGCACUCGGGGUCACCUCUCGCACUCGCGCCCCGCCCCGCCCGCCUUCGACCAACCCCGAGCCCGAGCCGCCAACGCGGUCGGGCUCGGUGUUGCAUCCCGCCCCCCGCGCCCGCCUCCGACCAGCCUCUCGCCAGCCUCUCGCCAGCCUCUCGCCCGCCUUCUCACCCGCCUCCCCGCCUCUCGCCGCCUCCCCGCCUCCCCGCGUCUCUCUCCCCGCGUCUCACCCGCCUCCCCGCCUCUCGCCGCCUUCUCGCCCGCCUCCCCGCCCCUCUCCGGCCUCUCGCCCGCCUUCUCGUCCGCCUCCCUGCCUCUCUCUGGCCUCUUGCCCGCCUCUCCGCCUUCUCGUCCGCCUCUCAUCCGCCUCUCGCCCGCCUCGUCGCAUUCUCGUCCGCCUUCUCGUCCGCCUCCCUGCCUCUCUCCGGCCUCUUGCCCGCCUCCCCGCCUUCUCGUCCGCCUCUCGCCCGCCUCUCGCCCGCCUCGUCGUAUUCUCGUCCGCCUCUCGCCAGCCUCCCCGCCUCUCGUCGCCUUCUCGCCGGCCUCCAUGCCUUCAUGCCCGUCUCCCAUCGCCAACACGCCGCCUGCCGCGCUCGCAAGUGCGCUCGUCGCCCCCAGCCAGUCUCCGCUCACCGCGCUCGCAAGCGCGCUCACCACCCCACUCGCAGGUGCGCCGCCCGCUGCGCUCACAGGUGUGCUGCCCACCACGCUCCCAGGUGCCUCGACCCCGCGCUUGCAGGUGCGCCGGCCCAUGCGCUCCCAAAUGCGCCGGACGCGGUGCCAGCAAGUGCGCGGCCCAUCGCCUCUCGCCGCCUUCUCGCCUGCGUUUUGCUGGCCUCUCGCCGGCCUCCCCGCCUUCUCGUCCGCCUCCCUGCCUUCUCGCCCGCCUCUCGCCUAGCCUCGAGCGAGGGCCGCCAACGCGCUCUCGCUCGGCAAAGAUUUCGCUCCCCGCGCUGACCGUUCGCCCAGCUCCCGAGCGGGAGCUGCCAACAUAGUCUUGCUGGGUGCGGCCUCCCGCCCGCAGACGCCCUUCC